CCCAAAGCUCAAAACAUUUUGAAGGAAAUGGUAGAGAGAGGAUUGAAUCCAACCAUAACGACAUAUAAUAUAAUGCUUAAAGGCUUUCUUCGAGCAGGUCAGGUUAAGGAAGCCUGGGAAUUUUUGCAAAUGAAGAAGCAGAAGUGUGAUUUUGACGUAGUGACGUAUACAACUAUGGUUCAUGGUUUUGGAGUUGUUGGUGAGGUUGAUAAAGCUCGCAAGAUAUUUAAUGAGAUGUUGGAGCUGAUUGCAACUUACAAUGCUUUGAUUCAAGUGUUGUGUAAGAAGGAUAGUGUGGAAAAUGCUAUUUUGGUGUUUGAGGAGAUGGUGAGGAAAGGUUAUGUGCCUAAUAUCGUGACCUAUAAUGCUGUUAUUAAGGGAUUGUGUCAUCGAGGGAGGAUGAAUGAGGCUGUGAAGUAUUUAGAUAAAAUGAAGGACGAUAAAUGCGAGCCAAAUAUUCAGACUUACAAUGUUAUUGUCCGUUACUAUUGUGAUGAAGGAGAAAUCGAGAAGGCGGUAGAGGUAUUUGACAGAAUGAACUGUCGGGAUUGCUUACCCAAUCUGGACACGUACAAUAUCUUGAUCAGCUCAAUGUUUGUUAGAAUGAAAUCAGAUGAUUUGCAGUUGGCUGGCAGGUUGCUAGUGGAAAUGGUUGGUAGAGGAUUUCUGCCUAGAAGAUUCACCUUCAAUCGGGUUUUAAAUGGGCUUUUGCUCACUGGCAACCAAGAUUUUGCCAGAGAGAUCUUAAGGCUGCUAAGUGAAUCUGGCCGUCUUCCUCGUCAUUUCAAAUUGUGAAUCUAUUGCAGUUUCCUGCAAGAUUAUGAGUCAUCCUUGUCGCACAUGGAAAGUUAUGAGACUGUUGAUGUCUUUGUUGCUGAAAUGAGGAACCUGAGAUGGUAAAUGACUUAUAAAAAGGCAUUGUACGUCUAGCAGUACAAGGAUGCCCCUAAGGCUUGAAUGGUAAAAUUCUGAAACCCCCACCCAUGUCAUUAAUUCCAGUAAAGUUCUUUACCAUGUCAUAAAAAGGCAUUGUACGUCUAGCAGUAAAGUUCUUUAACUCCAAAAAUUGUGGAAGCAUUGGUGUGUACACAAGAUUGACUUAGAAUGCAAAAUACUACAUAAGGGAGAAUCUGGAAGAGUUGGAGAGGUUUGAAAAAGAGUUAAGUGCUGAUGGUGGAAGUGGGAAGUCUCUUGGUUCUACACUUGCUACAGUUCCUGUAAUGAUAUUCUUGACAUUAGUUGAU